UCGCGGCCCGCGGCCGUUCGCAGGGCAGUUUCAGUCGGCUUGUCCGAGAGUCUGCCCGCCAAGGGAGGCUUUGCGCGCCGCGCCGCGUUCAAUUCGAACACCCAGCAGUACCACAGGGGAGGGACAGGGCAGGGAAGGGGAGCGGUGCGCCACCCAGCACAACCCAGAGGCCGUCGAGUCCGCCGCUCUCCCUCAUGUGUAACGCUCGCUCUGUAACGCUUCUGUCUUCGGUCGGUUCAUGCCACCGGUCUUCGUAAGCUCCGAUGCCGGUGAACAACCCCGGAGGCUCCGGGGGCGGUGGCGCGGGCGGCUCCGGGCAGCAGCAGGGGCAGCAGGGCGGGGCGCAGCGCGCCACCUUCAGGCCGCCAUGGGUCAAGCAAGGACCUCAGCCCAUCCCCAUGCCGUCCGCGCCCUGGUCGCCGAACAGACGGGCCAGCAACACGGCCCAGGACGCGGCAGGGCCGGCUAAGGAGCCCGCCCCCGUGAGGAAGCAGAGCAAGAUCACCAUCAUCCCGUCACACCCCACGAACCAGUCAGCGCCGCCGCCGCCCAAGGAGAACGGACAGAAUGCCGAGGAGGCCCUGCGCAGGCCCAGCCUCGCCAACCUGGUGGCCAUCGAGGACCAGCCGUCGCUGUGGGACGACGAGGAGCAGGACCACGAGCGCGACGCGGAGCCGGACUGGUGGCGGGACAUGCAGCAGACGGCUCGCGAGGACGUGGGCCAGGCCGAGGACGACGACGUGCAGCACCAGGACCACGCCGUAGACGAGGAAGAAGUACCCAAGCCCGACGUCGACGGCGAGCUCGCCGAACAGGCGUCGCAGUGGCGGCGAGACGACCAGGAAGACGGGGGCCUGGACUGCCAGGGCGACGACGUAAAUCCUUGACGUCGGUGUUGUUGUGCACGGCGAGGACAGCAUCCGCCAGCCCGGCAUGCCUGCCCGGUCAACGACUACCCCUCCCCCUCCCUCCCCCACCUCCUCGAGGAAGGAUUGUUUGAUGACACGCCGGCAUUAAAAUUGCACCCACUAAAAAUAAACGCGGCCAAGCCGUGCCCUCGUCCAGAAUGCACCACUGUAUGUCAGCACGCCGCUCUCCUGUCUUGCCCCUAACGGUGUGCCGACUGCACGGAGUUGUGUGAACUGUUCCUACUUCCUGAUAGGCCGACGACCGUGUAGACUCCCGGAAUGUGAAUGUACCAAGGGCUGACCUGAACCUCUCUUUAAUUUUGUCUCCAGGUUCGUUCCGCUGAAUGUAUGGUCCCAUUUUGUACAGUGAAUGUGUGAGGGUGGGUCCCGCUCGUGGACUGCACGUUCUUGUGCCUGGCCCGCGAGUCCUGUGCUGCCGCCAGAAACUAAUACUUUUGUCCGUU